CCAAACGAUCUUCCCUCUCUCCCUCUCUCUUACCACGAAGCUCAAGCCGGACCUAGCUCAAGAAGAUCCAGAGCUAGCAUCCAGGCUUGACAUACGAUCAUAUAUAUACGAUUCGCACCGAUCGGGAGGUCGAUCAUCCAUGGGGAACUGCUUCAAGCUUCAGCGCGCCUCCGAGUCGUGGGUCGACGACGACGAGUGGGAGGUGGACGUGGUGGAGGGGACGAAGGCGGCCGCCGAGAACGAGAAGACGGGGCGGGUGGAGGUGAAGAUCAGGGUGACCAAGAGGCAGGUCCAGGAGCUGCUGCAGCAGGCCGCCCGGGACGGCAAGGGGAAGAGGGCGACGGAAAAGGUGCUGACGGAUCUGAUCAACUCCGGCACGGUGUGCUACCACGACGACCACGAGACGAGGGGGCACUGGCGGCCGUCGCUGCAGAGCAUCACCGAAGCCGAGGAGCCUUGACUUCGAUCUGUAGGACUGCUCCACCGAUCUCUUGAUUCUGAUGUGCGUAUGGUAUAUAGUUGGUGUAUGUAGGAGUGGAGGCAUUGGUUUUUGGAUCGAGAUUCUAUUAGGAGAUGUACAGACUACAGAAAUGCCGGUAGUAGAGAUGAUUUUUUUGGGAGUUCCUCUUCUGGAAAUCUCUUAUAUAUUUCUACCUAUGUGUUUUUAGUCUGUGAUUAA